UUCGGAGGCAAACGGUAGGUCCUGAAACGAUCGGUUUUUUUUUUUGAAGGAAAAACUCUAUCUGUAUCACCUAGAUAGACGAUAAGGUUGAGUUAAUUUCCAAGAAAAUCAAAUGCCGCCGAAAAGAUAACGUAGGUUAACGAUGCCGCCGCUGAUUGCACGGGUGGUCAGAACAACCACGACUCUGCGAGCCUGGGCUAAAAUAUAGCUAAUCCAUUCACAGCAGCCCCCGCCAAAAAAUAAAAAAAAAGUAAAAAAAAAAGGGGGUUCCAGCUUCAGCAGCACUGCUCAGCCAAAGUGCUGGUGCUAGAAAAUGAAGGGUGCUACUGUAGAUUCUUCAGGUCAAUUCCUGCCUGGCUUGCUAUAAAUGCACACGUCAAACGGACCCCCCUUGGCAAGUUCGCGGACAUACGCCGCUAGCCUCUGCCAUCCUAAUUCCUAGACACCUCCCGGCGAUGUACUCCUGCGACGACCGCGACCGCUCGGCCACGGCGGCGCGUAUCAUCAUGGAGUCCGGCGCCAAGUACCAGCCAUGCAACACGGCGGCGACGCGGACGGCCGGCGGCCAGGUCCCCUCGGACGCGCAGCGGCAGCAGCAGCAGCCGUCGCCACGGCGCGCCAGGAGGAAGCACUCGGGGUCGGCGUCGGCGUCGCGCCGGUCGGCCACCACCGUGGUGGCGACCGACGUGUCCAACUUCCGCGCCAUGGUGCAGGAGCUCACCGGCUUCCCGCCGGCCGCCAUCUUCCGGCCGCUGCCGCGCCGGGCCCACGCCGCCGGCUACUCCCUGGCCGCCGCCGCGCAUGGGUGCGGCGGUGCGCUGCAGGGCCACCGUUCGGACGCGGCAGCCACCGCCGGAAACUUCCCGGCCGUGGCGCAGCCGCUGGCGCACCCGCCGCAGUGCGCACCGCCGGGCGUGUUUGACGGGCUACCCGACCUCGGGUCGCCGGAGUUCGACACGUGGCCUGACUUGUCCUUCGAAUGACAUACAGCAGUCCUGGUCGGUAGAUUGUUAUAAUCAAGGGUGACUUGGUAAUUUCCUCCUGCUCAUGUUUAUGUUUGCGUUUGGCAAAGUCCUUUUCAGAAACAAAAGGAUGUCAUUUGUACAGCACACAAGUUUAUACAUGGCUAAAGUACUUAAGGGCUUAGCUUUUUCA